AUGAAUAUGGAAGCCACUGCUACCGAAAACGUUGCCACGCCAGGCCUGGAUAACGGUCAUGCCUGUUCCCUCUGUGAGGACAUCGAGGUUAUACGACACCCAAAUGUGUCACUCAAUGAUCCUGUGGCUAUUCGUACCUUCAAACAUGACCUAUUUCAUUAUGUUUGUUCUUCCUGCCCCUCGAAGAAAUGUCGGGGGCACACUGACCUGUGCCCUAUCUGCACCCAUCUUCGCAUCCACCAUUUAGCUGCCUGCAUCCCUUCCCCCCCUGACAAGCUCAGAAUCUCGGGAUGGAAGCCGCUAGAGGUAGGGAGUUUACGAAUCAAAUUCGCAACCACAGGGGAAGUGCUGGAGCGGCAAUCAGGGUGUGCGAUGUGCAAGGUGAUUGUCGACACUGCUAGGGUACACUACCCGCCAGGGCUUACUGGUUCUAGCCCUGAAGAGCCCAUUCACAUUUUUCUCGAGGGCUACAGAAUAGCAGUGGUAUAUGGACACCGUCAGCUGCUUCAGCUUCCCUUAUACAAGCGAACCCACGAUCAUAGCCCUCAUUAUCAGGUAGGAAUGGGAUGUCCCGGCCAACCUGGUAAAUUGACCCCGGUGGAUGAAAAAAUCAACUGGAAAACGCCACUUCGCUGGAUCGCCCAAGACAGACUUCAUCGGGAGAAAAAAAGCCGCAAGACUGAGUGGCCGGAGCACCUCAAGCUGAUUGACGUCGACCAGGAUCAAAUAAUCGAUGCACCCAAUCCAUGUGAGUUCAUGGCACUGAGCUAUGUUUGGGGAGCAGUGAAGGAAGUCGACUUGCCCGAUUGGCCUUCGUUCAACCGAGCUGUACUGCCUGCGACGAUCAAAGAUGUCCUUGUUGCAUGUAAUCAUCUAGAGCAGCGAUAUCUGUGGGUCGACCAACUAUGCAUCGACCAACGGGAUGAGAAAGAAAAGAGAGCCCGGUACGAUCAGACAGGCUGCAUUUACAGCAAUGCCGUUUGCACCUUGGUUGCGCUCGCGGGGGAGGACUCGAAUUACGGACUCCCGGGAGUCACCCAGCCACGCCUUUGGAGUAUUGUCCAGCAAGGGAAUGUGGCGAUUACCAUCCCGCAGCUGUAUCCCUACCAAUCCAUCGAGAGAAGCCAGUGGAACACCAGAGGAUGGACCUUCCAGGAGGGUCAACUUUCCCAAAGGCUCCUCUAUUUUGCAGAAUAUGAGGUUCUCUUUUUCUCGCCCAUGCUUGACAAUCGCCAGUAUAAACGGGAAUGCGGAAGUCUAGGGUGUUAUAACCCUAUUGGCUUUUGUCCGAUUGACGGCUACUCAAGAGCCUUGAAGUCAUACAAAUACCGGCAUCUGUCAAACCCAGCCGACAUAUUGCGUGCCUGGGAAGCGGUGAGCCGACUGUAUUUCGGUUGUGAGACGUAUUACGGACUGCGACUUGGAUGGAUGGAUGAGGAGAUCCUCUGGUAUAUCUACUACGAUAAGUGCCCUCGGCCUGGGGAAGUCUUCCCAUCCUGGUCAUGGGCAUCUCAGAUGCCACGGGCUCUGUACGAGGGAUGCAUAGUUGGCCUCGCAGUGUGGGCGGUACCUAAGGAAGGGGGAUCAUCAUCCGACAUCACUCUCUGCCAACCUGCUUCUGACCGUCCGUUGCCGCUGCACAGCGGAGUACUUGAAUGGUACGAGGCGAUCUUGGUAGCCUGGUCAAAAGGCUGCAUGCGGCGACCAUUCCCUCUCGACCUGACACGACCAUCCCCCCUGGGGCUGGGAUACAACAAUGAGACAGCCGAGGAGGUUGCGAGGUUGUGGAAUAGCUACGCCGAGUACUGGCAAUAUUUCUUUGGAGACCUUGAUAACGACACCACAUUCACGUCAGAGGAUCGCAAGGUGGCUUCGUCUGGUCAUGGACGCAUUCUUGUUCACAGCCAAACCGCGAAAUUCAAUAUCGAGCACAUUCUCGGUUCGUGCAAAUUCGACAUCUAUUCAAAGAACGGACGAUGGAUAACUAUGACGGAACUCGAUAAAUACAUGGAACCAUACCUGCCGUCCGGGCAAGGGGAGUUUAUAGCGUUGUCAAUUGCCAAUGACUUAUACUAUUCCAUUGAUCACGAACGGGCGAGAACACUCGAUGGCCGUUUGCGUCUACACAGACUAGAAAACAUACUCGGCGAACCAUUCCUCCUGAAUGCCAUGUGGAUCGGAAGAAACCUAGCAAAUCCCGAUGUCGCGCGCCGCUUGACGGUGGUGAGAAUCCCCCUGAAACAUUGGGUGGAGGCCAGGCCACGGUUUGAGACAAUCGUGCUGGAAUGAGUUUCCGACUACCUGCGGAUAUUUUGUACAUCUAGCAAAUGUCAAAUAAACCUGUUUCUCUGGGAAUUCCGUCGCGGUACUCUAGGAACCGUUGUUCCUAUUGUAUGCUGGGGUCGGAUUUUCGGCCUCUAAAAAUCUAUUUUUACGUAGAGGUCCGGUGGUCGAUUAUGG